AUGGGGAUGUUCAGGCAGUGUCUUGCGAAUGUUCGUCCUUCCUACCACCUCUUCGGCGUGGCUGAGACGCGCUUUAGGAGUGAGGUUGAUGACGUGUUUGCGCAGGUUGACGGGUACUCGGUUUUGCGACAGGACAGGAACAAGCGUGGAGGAGGCGUAGCCCUGUUUAUUAGUAAUGUUUUCAAAGCGACUAUACUAUGCUCGUCGCAGUCAGAGGGGAAGCCGGGUAUCCCGGAGUAUCUUAUGUGCGGCGUUCAGCAGGGUAAUAAACCACCAAUCUUCGUUGCCGUAAUCUAUCGUCCACCGGGUGUAUCUUUCUCUGAUAAUUCAGAGCUCGCGAACAACUUGCGUAGAUACCCUGAGGGGUAUGAUUAUAGGCUCGUAAUGGGCGACCUGAACGCAAACAUGCUGUCAACCUCACAUGAUGCGGAAUUUGUUAGAGACCUCGCCUGUGAAUUGAAUCUAAAACUGGUAAAUCACGGCGCGACUCACCACGUCGGAGAUUCUCACACAUGGAUCGACAUGAUCUUUACUGACGACGACAAUGUAGUGCUGAGUGCAAGCAACUCGCCGGCGAAUUUCAGAAGCAGCCAUACCAUCAUUGACGUUGAGAUUUAUUUCCAGACGACAGAGCCUCCUGCUCUCAACAGUCUUACAUACAGGGACUUUAAAUCGAUAAAAUCUGACAAGCUCUUAUCCCUGCUGGCUGCUUGUGAUUGGUCGUCGGUUAGUUGUUCCGACAGCGGCGUUGACACCCGACUGGAACACCUUAGUCAAAAACUCUUGACAGUCAUUGACCAACUAGCUCCGCUAAAAGAAUUUAAACCGAGACAGAAAGACUAUCCUCCAUGGGUCGACGCCGAAUUGAGACACAUGUACAGCCGACGAGACGCUUUAAAAAGACGACACAAACAUGCCCGACGAGGCUCUAGACGACGUGACGACCUAUGGACCGAAUAUCAGGCUCUCGCCGCUGAGGCUGAACGCUGUACUAAUCAAGCGCGAGAAGAAUUCAUUCAAAAUCGAAUUUUCGACGCGCUGGAAAACAAUAAAAACGUCUGGAAUGAAUUACGGAGUCUUGGCCUUAUUUCUGAUGCCGAGCGCGAGGUUGAUCUGAGCGGCAUCCUGGCCGAGGCCAACGAGGAUGGUUUCACUUUUCGUGAGGUCACCUUUGUGGACGUGGUUCUGGCUGUCGCUCACUUUUCAUCUCAAGCAAAGGGGGAGGAUGGGAUACCUCAAAGCGUUAUAGCGAAAUCUCUCCCAGUCCUAGGACAUCUCCUGGUGACCUUAUUUAAUGCCUCACUCUCCUGUGGGGUCUUUCCAGGUGCCUGGAAGAACGCUCAUUUGGUGCCCCUUAAAAAGAAACCUAUUCCAUCUACUGUUUCGGAGUUCCGUCCAAUAGCCCUUUUGAGCUUUCUCUCUAAGGUUCUGGAGAAGAUCGUACAUGAGCAGAUCUCCGAAUUUUUAGCUUCAAAAAACAUUCUUGAUCCUUUCCAGACUGGUUUUCGACACAAUCAUUCGACGCAGACAGCACUACUAAAACUGACUGAGGACAUCAGAACUGGCAUCGACAGUGAGAAACAGCUGCUCACCAUUUUGCUACUGUUCGACUUUAGCAAGGCCUUCGAUUCGAUUUCCCCCUCGAGAUUGCUACGUAAGCUGAUCAGGAUGGAUUUCUCUGGGUCGGUGGUCCUGUGGGUCAUGUCUUAUUUAUCUGGACGUAACCAAAGAGUGGUUACUAAACUAAACGGUGAAUCUUCUUGGCUAACAACCAACCAUGGCGUCCCGCAGGGCUCGAUCCUGGGGCCCUUACUCUUCAGCAUUUACAUCAACGAUCUCCAGGAGGUGUUGGCCGGUUUUCGGGGGCCCAAGGGGUUACUGGCCGAUAGUGUCGCCCAUUUACUCUACGCAGACGAUCUGCAAACCUACACUCAGGUCACAAGAGAUAAUCUUCGUGAGGGUGUGGAUCACAUGUCAGCAGCAGCGCGGGCUGUGUCGGAUUGA